CUUUUGUUAUAUAUCUGUCGGUAUCUUUUAUUUGCUUUGAAUAUAAAUUUCUUUUCGUGAGACAAACUAUUCUAAUAAUUAGUACCUAUAUAUGUUGGCUUCUUCUUCUUCUGUCUGAAAUAGAUUUAAAGAGUUAAAAAUGGGAAGGCAGCCUUGUUGUGAUAGAGUUGGAUUGAAGAGAGGUCCAUGGACUAUAGAAGAAGACCAUAAGCUCGUCCAUUUUAUUCUCAACAAUGGCAUCCAAUGUUGGCGUACCAUUCCCAAGCUUGCAGGUGUCGGUCAAACUCUUUUCUUGAGCCAAGCACGUAAUAAUUCUAUUAGACAAGCGAUACUUGAACCGAAGGCCUCUAUCAACAUAUUGAACUGUGUGACUAUCUUAUCCAAAAGUUUAAGCGGUUUGCAAAGAUGCGGAAAAAGUUGCAGACUGAGAUGGAUUAAUUAUUUGAGACCUGAUCUCAAAAGAGGGGCGUUAUCUGAAGCUGAAGAAGAUCAGAUUAUACAGCUUCAUGCUCGUCUUGGUAACAGGUGGUCUAAGAUAGCAUCACAUUUUCCGGGGAGAACUGAUAAUGAAAUCAAGAACCAUUGGAACACUCGAAUUAAGAAGAAAUUAAAGCAAGCGGGAAUAGACCCUUUAACUCACAAGCCAAUUGACCACGAAAAAUACCAACAAGAAUCAGAUGAUACAAUCAUGGAACUUAACUUACCAAUACAUCAUCAUAAAACAGAGACUUUGUCAAGAACAGAGACAUAUGAUAAAAGCAAUGAAGCAGAGAAUUGUGCUGCAAAUGCUACUGAUUUUUCACUGUCAAACAAUGCAUACCACAAUGUGUUGAGUGAAAAUUUUGAUGUGGAUUUAUGGAGCAAAAGUUGUAAAACUAUGUCUAAUUGUUACAGCCCUACACUUUCUUUGGAAGCUGAAGAAUCCAUCAAAUUUUCAACAGUAUCAGCUGUUACUGAAUCCUCAAGUAACAUUGAACCUGCAGAAGAACAAGAUUCUCUACAACAAUGGAUGGAUUCAAUUUUCUCAUGUGCUGUCAAUCAACUCGAAGAAGACCUCUUUCUCUUGCGAAAAUACAAUUAAUAAUUGUGCAGAUUUUCUUUCUCCCUCCUUGUUCUUCAUUUUUCUUACUAAUAGAAUUGUUCUCCAAGAAUGAAAAAGGAAAUUUUUUUUUACAGGGAGGCAAGUUUCCUCUUGUGUUAAUACAAUUUUUUUAUGCUUCUUAG